AUGGCACGCCAAUUUGUUGUCUUUGCUCUCGUCCUCUUCGCCGUCAUCGGCUUCGCCUGUGCAGCAACACCCGCCGAAUCUCCCAAGGCCUCUGCUGAUAAUGCCGACGUCGGAGCUCAAUUGGCUCCCGGCGCCGAAAACGAGAUCGGAAACACCGAGGGGGCUGAUGCUCCCGCAGGAAGCGAAGACGUGGUUGAAGCCCCUAUCGGCGGACCUGAUGCUGCAGCAGCUGGAUUUGUCCCUGCUGAAUCUCCUAAGAGUGGUGCCUCUGCCGUGAAAUUCUCUGCCACCGUUGCCGGGGCGGCGGUUGCCGGAUUUUUCUUCUUUUAA